AGCAAAGACCGUCAAAUUAACAGAUCCACUGCCGUUUUCUGCAUCUACCCGCACCGUAUUCCUCUCUCUCUCUCUCUACAUUUUCAGUAGUAAAAGCGAAGUCUCUCUCUAUCGUCUCUCUCUCUCUCACACACACGCACACCGUUGGCUGUCCAAAGAAAGGCCUCGUCGCUUCCGAAUCCCGCACCGUCGCUACAACCGAUCAGGCGUAGGGUUUUGAAUUUCGAUUGAAGGUUUUGUUGCGGGGGAAUGGCGAAUCGAGUGAAGGAGGACGAGAAGAACGAGAGGAUUAUACGGAAUCUUCUCAAGCUCCCCGAUAACCGCCGCUGUAUCAACUGUAACAGUCUGGGACCGCAAUAUGUAUGCACAAAUUUCUGGACCUUUGUUUGCACAACAUGUAGUGGAAUACAUCGGGAGUUCACACACAGAGUCAAGUCAGUUUCCAUGGCUAAAUUUACUUCUCAAGAAGUUAGUGCUCUUCAGGCAGGGGGAAAUGCGCGUGCAAAGGAAAUAUAUUUCAAGGAAUGGGAUUCACAGCGUUCAGUCCCAGAUAGCAGCAAUGUGGAGAGACUUCGCGACUUCAUUAAGCAUGUUUAUGUGGAUAGAAGAUAUACUGGCGACAAGAGCUUUGAUAAACCUCCAAGGAUGAAGAUGGGUGAAGCAGAGGACACUUAUGAAAAUAGGAGAGAUACAUACCAGGGUGGAUCUAGAAGCCCCCCAUAUGAGGAUGCAUAUGAACGUCGUUAUAGUGACAGACCUAGUCCUGGUGGAAGAAGUCCAGGAUAUGAUCAAGAAAGCCGGCAAUAUGGUGAUUUCGGGAGAAGUCCUGCUCGUACUGAGAUAGUCAAUGACUGGCGACGUGAAGAUAGAUUUGGAAAUGGAAGGAAAUCUGAUGACAGCAGAAUUUCUGAUGGAAGUUCUAAGCUUGGAGGAAGGUCACCUGACCACCAGAAGGAUCCGGAUAUGUCCAGUCCUCCUAUAGUUCGGCCUGUUAGGGAGAUUUUGGGUGAAAACAUAUCUCCCCUUAGAAUAAUUGAACCCCCAAAACACACUGGUGGCAGGGCCAUUGAUGGAUCUGUGCACGCACAGAGAACUGCUUCUUCCAGUAGUUUGGCAUCCUCCAAUGGGAAUGCAGCAGAAGUUAAAGUGGAGAGUUUGGGUACUUUAAUUGAUUUUGAUACUGUUCCUGAACCACCUACAUCUGGCGCAGUUCUUCAAACACCAUCAGCAGCUACUGGACAAUCAGUUGUGCAGCCAACAGCUUCACCUAGUGCUGACAACUGGGCAAAUUUUGACUCUCCGGCGGAGGUAAAAGUAACCCAGGCAUCCUCCAAGGCAAAUUCACUGGAGUCUGUACUGUCAGAAUUGACAGUUCCAGCAUCUGUACCAGCUCAAGCAGCUAUACCUGGGCAAAUGUCUAUCUUCCCUUCUGGCAAUAGUAGCACUCUAGCUGCAACACCAGUAAACAACUCAACAAUGUUCCCCCCUGUAAAUGCUUCUGUACUGGCUCCUGUUGGACAGAUGUCUGCAUCACCAUUUGGUGUUGAUGUUGGUGCUCCAGCAGUUGCGACAACAAACAUCCCAACAUUUCCCAGUGGUGGUGUUCCGGUAGCAGCUGCUGGAUUGACAACAGUAUUGCCCUCAAAUAAUGUCAAUUCUGUUGCCAAGGUCACUAACGGAGGGCAGUGGCCUACCCUGCUCUCUCAGCAACAAUCUUUCUUUCCUCCUGCUGGUAGUCAGGCUACUGCUCAGCCAUUUGCUCCAACAGUUAGUGGACACCCAAGCAGUCAGCCAUGGAAUUCAUCUCUUACGCCUAAUGCACAAGGGCCUUCUACCAUGCCAGUUGCUCCAACAUCCCAGUCUGUCUUGAGACCCGCAGCUGAUGUUACCCUUGGAGUGGUAAAGCAAUCCCUUUCCCCAGAAGUUAUGCCUAGUGGAAGACAAGCACUACCAGAGGAUCUGUUUACUGCAAGUUAUCCAUCUUCUGUGCCACUUCCAGGCUGGCAACGUGGUCCUCCCCAUGGAUUUGGGUUCAAUAUGCAAUAUAAUGCUGUGCCUAUGCAAACUUUUACACAGUCAUCAAGAUCAGUUAAUCCAUUCGAUUUGAGCAACGAAACAUCUCAAAUUCAAGCUCCAACGUUCCCUUCCAUGGCAUCCUUGCAAGGUGCCCUGCCAAACAUGGUGGCUCCAACACAGGCAGGUUUAUUACACAAUUCUAGUCUUGGAACUCCCUCACCAACAUGGAUGCCAUCCCAAUUAUCUUAUUCGUCUGUCAUGCCUCCCCAGGCACCAUCCUUUACAUCUGCAAUUCCUCCAAGUGCAUACAUGGGGCAACAUAUACCUAAUAACUUGCCACCUAGGCAGCAACCAGUUGUGGGGUUUGGAGGCGAGGGGGCUGGAUUUGGAUCCUUGAAUCCAAGCCAACCCCAUCAGCAGCUUGGUGGAAUUUAUUCAGCACCCGCCACCCCAAAUACUUUCUCUGCUGUUGGAGGGAACCCAUUCGGGUAAAUCAAAAGAUGACUAUGCCUUUCUGUCUUUGGGGCAAGUAUCAUGUUGCUCGCUCCCAGGCCACUAGGUGGAAAUUUUGGGUUCUUUUGUUGUUGUAGAUUAAGUGAUCCAGCCAAGUGUGAGGGUUUAUUUGUUGGUGCUUUCGUUCGGUUCUCCUUACUGGCCAUGUAGAAUUAGUGUGGUGCUGUAAGGAAAGAAGCUUUGAGAGAGCAGUACAUAGAGAGAUUAGGAGAAAUAUUAUACAACGAUGGGCAUGGCUUGUGCCACCUUCAAAGUAUUUAUGGUUUAUCGGCUGUGUUCCAUCGAGCAAAAUCUAUGUGCAGCCUCUGCCCAGGAGUUGUAUCAAUAUUAUUAGCUUUUUAUUGGCGUUGUAUGGUUUUGAUAUUUUCUUGGUAAUUGUGGUGAGUUAAUUUUGCUGGUAACUUUUGUGAGACGAUUGUGCCUGUAAAGCAUAUUUGGUGUUCAUAACAUUAUUGACAUGAAUGUUGAUAUUUAUAAACCAUUUUGUGUGAAUAAUGUAA